AUGGAGGAAAAGAGGGAGGAGAGCAAAGGGAGCAAAAAUAGUGAGAAAAAGUACCAGAAAGAAAAUAAAGAAUCGUUUAAAGGAGGUAAGAACGAAGAGAAUAGAUACGCGAGGACAGCAGAACUGUCAGAAACAAGAAGCAGAGCAGGGAGCCAAGGGUCGAUUGUAGACAACAUAAAGAAAAGGAGAAGAGAGCAGGAGAGUGAAGAAAUAAAAAAGGCCGAGAAAGAAAUUACAGACAAGUUUGAUAAGGAAAGAAGAUUAAGUAGAUCACCACCAAACAAAGUAAAAAAAGAGGAAGAGGAAAAGGAAGGCAUGGAGACAGGAGAAAUGCUGAAGGAAAUACUGACCAAACUGGAGGAUCAAGAAAAAGAAAGAAAGAAAGAUAAGGAGGAACUGAUGAAAGAGAUACAAGAUCUGAGAGAAGAAUACAGAAAAAGCGAAGCGAUAUGGGAGAAGCUGAAAACCGGAGCGGAAAUUGAAGACGGAGGUGAGAAAAGAGAGAAGAUUGGAAAGCUGCUAAAAGAAAUCACCAAAAAAGAAGUAGAAGUGGACGAGGUACAAAUAAUCGGCAGACGAGAAAACAAAAUAACACUAGUAAGGAUGAAUAGGUGGGAGGACAAGAGAGAGAUAAUGAUAAACAGAAAGAAGAUGGGGAUAGAGAAAAAGAUAUACAUAGAUGACGACAUGACAGUAACGGAGAGAAAAAUUCAAGGAAAAUUAUGGAAUAUAGUGAAGGAGGAGAGGGAGAAAGGGAAAAGAGCAACAUUAGGAUACCAAAAAAUAUGGAUAGACGGCCACGAAAAGAAAUGGAAUGAAAGCGAAGAAAAACUGGAGGAUGGAAGAAGAUUUCAAAGAGAACAAGAAAGAAAGGACACUGGAAGAAAAUGA